CUGAACCGUAUAAUUUUCUACACUACAGUAUGAGAACCCAGACAUACAAAAUGGUUAGUCUAUAAUGAAUAAUGAAAAAACAAAACAGAAAAAAAAAAUCCGACAGAGAACUAGUAUACAAACAACUGCAACAGCAACAAACUCUGAAAAACAUGAAAUCGCGGAUGGUGGUAAUAUCAACAAAGAACCAUUAAAACCACUCUGUCCAUUGUUGGCUAAAGAUUCGGAAUGGGUUGAUAUUUUACAAAGUAGUACAAAUGAUAAAAAAUCCAACAAAAAUAAUGAUGAGGAAGUACUACAACACUGUGAAGAUAGACGACAAAUAGAGCCUCUAGCUUUAAUGUUCCCUGGUUUACUUGAAAAAGACCCUGAAAUGUUAGAAGGAAUGUUAAAUAAAGCUAUGUCAACGACAGAAGUAACUAAAUAUUUGGUUGGUCAAAAAGCUAAUUUCACGUUCAUGAAAAAAGUGAAUCGCCUUAUUCCCACUGACAAGAAAUGGUUGGAAAGUUUAAGCGAAGACAGUUCCUCUUGCUGUUCAAUGGAAUCCAAAUCACACGAUUAGGGUAACCUUUCAAAUAAAGUACAUCUAUUAUAUCGUCUAUUAUUUUAAAUUUAUCAUACCCAUUGUAAAUUUUGACUUGACAUGACUUGUAUAUUGUAAUAAUAUAUAUGUAAAUAAUGAGCCUGAUAACAGUUUGGACUCUCAUAAAUUGUAAUUCCCGAUAGAUUUAUAUUAGGAGAAUUGAAAAAUUAAAUAUAAUCAUA